GUCUCGGCCACCGUCACCAUAGAGCUGGGCGCGGCCUAGAGAGGCGACCGGAAGGAGGCGCCAAAGGCUGGCGGAGGACCCAGAGCCGAGCGCGCGGGACCAUAGAGACGGGAAAGGGGCGCGAGCGGCACUGCCGGAAGGAAGGCCCAGAGCGGGGGUGGCGCGGCAAGAUGGCGGCCACCAAGAGGAAGCGGCGUGGAGGCCUGGCGGUCCCGGCGAAGAGGCCGAGAAAGAGCGGAAAAGAUGCCAGGCCUCCAGCGAAGCCGCGCGACAAGGCAGAGGAGGCGGAGGAAGAAGACAGGAAUCGCAUCCCAGGCCCCGUUUGCAAGGGCAAGUGGAAAAAUAAGGAACGGAUUCUCAUCUUUUCUUCCAGAGGAAUAAAUUUCAGAACAAGACAUUUAAUGCAAGACUUAAGAAUGUUGAUGCCUCAUUCUAAAGCAGAUACUAAAAUGGAUCGUAAAGAUAAGUUAUUUGUGAUUAAUGAGGUUUGUGAGAUGAAAAACUGCAAUAAAUGUAUCUAUUUUGAAGCUAAGAAGAAACAAGAUCUCUAUAUGUGGCUUUCAAAUUCACCUCAUGGACCAUCUGCUAAAUUCCUAGUUCAAAAUAUUCAUACCCUUGCUGAACUAAAGAUGACUGGAAACUGUUUGAAAGGUUCUCGGCCCCUUUUGUCUUUUGACCCUGCUUUUGAUGAAUUACCACAUUAUGCUUUGCUAAAAGAACUCUUAAUUCAGAUCUUUAGUACACCACGCUACCAUCCCAAAAGCCAACCAUUUGUGGACCACGUAUUUACUUUCACUGUUUUGGAUAAUAGGAUAUGGUUUCGGAACUUUCAGAUCAUAGAAGAAGAUGCUGCUCUUGUAGAAAUAGGACCUCGCUUCGUCUUAAAUCUCAUAAAGAUUUUCCAGGGAAGUUUUGGAGGACCAACUUUAUAUGAAAAUCCUCACUACCAGUCACCAAACAUGGUAAGCUGUUUUUGUUAGUG